GAUAAAAUAAAUAAAAAUUCAUUUAUUCGGUUAAGAUUCACACAUAUUACAGGUGUAUGUGUGUGUGUGUGUUUGUGUGCUCAACAAUCAAAUAAAAUGCGGUUUCAAUUUAUUAACGUUGAAUAAUCGAAACAGUUUUUUUUUUGUUUCUCUUCAUUCAUCCAUCAUAAACAUCUUUGGCUAAACGAACACAAUUCUUUCAGUGAUUAAAACAAAACAAAACAAAACAAAAAUGUCAUCAUCAUUUGAAUUGGAUUUAGAUACGAUUCGUAUGGAAUCUAUUCAUGCAAUCAAAGAAUUGAAAAAACCUAAACUUGUUCUAAUAUUAAGUGGAAAACGAAAAUCUGGCAAAGAUUAUGUUGAACAAUUAUUAAUUGAACGAUAUCCCGAUCAGAUACUUUCAUUUCGUAUAUCGGCACCAAUCAAAUGUGAAUAUGCACGUCGUAAUGGUUUGAAUUAUGAAGAAUUAUUAACAUCAUCACAAUAUAAAGAAUCGUUUCGUAAACAAAUGGUUGAAUGGAGUGAAUCUGUACGACAAUAUGAUCCACAUCAUUUUUUACGUAUUGCAAUAUUGGAUUCAUAUCGACAAAAUAAUGGCCAUAAAAAACCGAUUUGGAUAUUGAAUGAUGCACGUCGUCCAACAGAUUUACGUUAUUUUCAAUCAGAUGAAAAUGAAAUUAAUUUAGACAACAAUUGUAAACAAUUAACCAUUCGUAUACGAUCCGAUGAUUCAAUACGAAUAGAUCGUGGAUGGAAAUUCACCAUUGGUAUUGAUGAUCAAACAACUGAAUGUGGUCUUGAUGAAUAUCAACAAUGGAAUUAUCGUAUCGAUAAUAAUGGUGGCAAAGAUGAAUUAUUGAAAGAAUUGUCACCAAUUUUAUCAGAAAUUGAUAUGGUCAUAUCAUCAUAAAACUUAUGAUAAUUUUAAAUUUUUAUUUACAACAUUCCAUGA